ACAACACUGCCAUUCUCCACUUUCAGAGCCUGGAGUUACAACUAUACAGACUUGGGGAGAGGAGAGGCACAGCUCACCAUAGCAAACUGAGGGAGACACGGCAACAGAUUGUUGGGUGGAGGCGCACAGGGUGCCUUUCUAAACUGGGGAAACGGGACUCGCAGCUGAGGAUGAGAGCCUGGACACUUUAGACAGAAGAAGGUUCUUGAAGGGAGACGAACAAUUUUGUUUUAUCAUUUUUUGCUGCUUCAGUGGCGUGGGUGGCUCAGUGGAUGAAUCCAGCUUUUGACUAACAAGACAUUUCUGGAACUGGUGAUUGCUGAAAAUGUUGUUGCUGUUUUUCAGGCAGUGGCGGGACCUGAUCCAAGGCUGACGGGGAUCCAGUGUUUCCUUUUUCUGAACAGUGCAUUUGUGUGCAGGUACCUAAAAGAAGAAGAAGAUGGCAGAAGAAGAGGAUACUCGGGAAGUGUUGUUUCCUGAUUGGAUGGGCCCUGACAAGCAUGGGCUUACCAUUGAACAAACCAGCGAGGGAGAGAUUUAUGUGAAGGAGGUGAAGAAUGAGUCACCUGCUGGCAAGACUGGGAAGGUGCACCAAGGAGAUCAAAUCGUGGGUGCAACCAUCUACUUUGAGAACAUGAGCUCAGAGGAAACAGCAGAGCUCUUGAAAAAUUUGAAUCGACAUACAGUAGGACUGAAGCUGCAGCGCAAAGGAGACAAGUCACCAUGUCGCUCCCCUGGACCAGGGAUGGCCUGGGAAGGAAGCAGUCAAUUUGGAGGCUCAAGCCCUGACAUUGUUCUGAGUGGGGAUGAUGAAGAUUACAGGCGUCUAUACACAAAGAAGAUUAAACCACGACUGAAGUCUGAAGAUUUGACAGAAAGUCCUGAUUCACAGAGUGAAAGACAUAGCAGUACCAUCACAGUGACACGAAAAGUUACAACGUACACGGUUGAUGUGUCUGGAUCUAAAGAUGUUGAUGUUACUAGUCCGGAGUUCAAAGUCAAAGUUCCAAGACGGGAAGGAUCAGAAAGCUCAGCAAUGGAUAUUGACACAAAAUUUUCAGUUUCUAAAACCAGCAUCCCCCAAAUCAACCUUGGAGGAAAGACAAUUAUAGAAAAAAGUUUAGACACUCGAGGAAGGUCAAAUAUUCGCCUGGAAGGAAGUGGCAUCAGAGAAAUUAGAAGCUCAACAUUUAAAACAGAUGUUGGUGGUCACAGUAUAGAAGGAUUAGAUGGCAAAUCGAUGAAAUUCUCAGUUCCUGGAAUUCAGAUAUCUGAAUCUAAUGUACAUGGGCCAGAUGGCAGUGCUGAUUUUGCUGGAUCAAACAUUGGAUUCAAUAUUUCACGAGUCUCCACCGACAGUGACACUAGAGUCCCUGGUGGAAAAGUUACAGUGACUGAAACAUUCAGAUAUACCACUAAAGGAGGCACUAUAGACAUGCCCUCUGCAGACAUACAAAAAUCCAAACAAAGUGAACAUGAUAUUACUGUCUCGUUACCAGAAAUGACUGCAAAUGCUAAAAGUCUUAGUGGUGAUAUACACAGUCCUGGAAUCGCCAUUGAAGGGCAUAAAGGCAAAAUUGGUUUGAUUUCAUAUGAACUUUCUGGAGGCAAAGGAAGCAGUAAAAUGGAUGUGACAAUGCCUCAAGUAAAAUCUGCCAUAAAAGAUCCAAAGAUGCAAAGUGAUAGCAGUGUAAAUCUGGGAACCUACCAUAUCAGCAGUGGUUCUAAGGAUACUGAAGACAAGUCAAAAUCAACAGAAUUUACUGUGUCAGGGGGAGAUAUUCAUGGAGGAAUAAUUGAUACAAAGGGAUCUAAAGUUUCAGUGACAUCUACUUUUUCAACUGCUGAUAUUAAAGUUUCAGAUAAAAUAAUUUCGUCAUCAGAAAUCAAUGUUAAAGGACCAGGUGCUCCAGCACACUCAGGAGAUAUUUCGCUUAAAGAUAUAAGUAUUAAUGUCAAAGAAGGUUUUGCUUUACCUAAGACAGAAGGUGACAUUAAAAACCUAGAGGUUAAAGUUCAAGAGUCCUCGGCCAGAAUUAAAGGACCAUCCUUUAAUGUCUCAGAAAUGUCAUCAUCGAAAAUCUCAGCUUCUGGCAUGAAAACAGACAUUGCACGUCCAGAAUUAGGCAUUAAAGGUCCUGCCAUGACUACUGGGGGAUCUAAUAUUGACAUUAAAAGGUCACAAACAGGAACUACUGUUCCUAAAAUUGGUAUUAAAGGAUACACAAUUCAUGCCCCAAAUGUUGAUGUAAAACUACCUAGAGGAAAAGUGGAUAUUGAUGAUUCUAAUAUUAGUACUGGAAAUAUUGCAAUUAUGGGGCACUCAGAUGCCACAGUUACAAUUCCAACAAUUUCAAGCACUGAAAGGAGUAUUACAAUUCCAAAUGUGGAGAUGCAAGGAGGUAAUAUGAAUGUUGAGAUCCCCAAAAUAGAUACUGAAGCAAUGGAAGGUGGAUUAAAAGUGUCCAAAAUUUCCACUCCAAAAAUUCAUGGUGAUAUUAAAGUGCCUAAUGUAGAUAUAAAAGUAGAUAAAAUGAAAAUAGGAGGCCCUGAAACUGGAAUUGCAGGUCCAGAAGGUGGAUUCAGAAUGCCAGCAUUGGUGAAGGGUGACAUUAAAGGUCCAAAGAUAGACAUUAAAAGUCAAGAUGUAAAUAUUGAAGGCCCAGCCAUUGACACUGAGAUAGCAGAGGGUGGGUUCAAAAUGCCCACCGUGAAAAUGCCGACAUUUGGAAUCAAAGGACCUAAAAUAGAAAGUCCAGAUAUAGAUGUGAAGAUGAAAAAAGGAGACAUUACCAUCCAUGGCCCAGAGAUUGAAGGUGGCAUUAAAGCUCCAAGGUUAGAUGCAAAGGGUCCCGAUGUGAAAAUGGAUGUUCCUGCUGUGAACAUCGAAAGUGCAAAAGGGGGUUUCAAAAUGCCCAAAUUUGGAAUAAAAGGAACCACAGUUGAGACCCCACAAUUAGAAAUACAGCUCCCUAAGGGUGACAUAUCUGUUCCAAAUGUAGAAGGCAAUAUCAGAGCUCCAAAGGUUGACAUUGAGGUGCCAGAUGUUAAAAUGGAAGGACCUGAAGGUAAAAUUAAGGGACCCAUAUUUAAAAUGCCUACAAUAUCUGCACCUAAAGUCUCCAUGCCUGACAUAGAUCUCAAUCUGAAAGGGCCAAAGAUUAAAGGAGACUUGGAUGAUUCUGUUCCAAUGGUAGAAGGCGAUCUCAAAGCUCCAAAAAUUGGCAUUAAAGGGCCAGAAGUUGAAGGACCAGGGAGUAAAAUUAAAGGAUCUGGAUUGAAAAUGCCUACCAUAUCUGCACCAAGAAUUACAAUGCCUGAUGUUGACUUUAACAUGAAAGGCCCAAAACUAAAGGGAGAUGUGGAUGUUUCCAUCCCGAAAAUGGAGGGUGAUAUUCAAGGUCCAAAGAUAGACAUUAAAAGUCCAGAGGUAAAUGUUAAGGGCCCUACCAUUGACACUGAGAUAGCAGAGGGUGGGUUCAAAAUGCCCAAAGUGAAAAUACCUACAUUUGGAGUCAAAGGACCUAAAAUAGAAGGUCCAGAUAUAGAUGUGAAGAUACCAAAAGGAGACUUUGACAUCCAUGGCCCAAAACUUGAGGGUGACAUCAAAUCUCCAAAGGUAGAUGUAAAAUGUCCAGAUGUAAAAAUGGAAGCUCUGGAUAUUAACAUUGAAAGUGAAGAAGGGGGGUUCAGAAUGCCAAAAAUUAAAAUGCCUACAUUUGGAAUGAAAGGACCUAAAGUUGACAGUCCAGAAUUAGAAGUAAAGCUUCCUAAAGGUGAUACUGACAUUUCUGGUCCAAGCCUACAAGGUGAUAUCAAAGCUCCAAAAGUUGGCAUUGAAGUACCAGAUGUGGAUAUUGAAGGACCUGAAGGAAAAAUCAAGGGACCCAAAUUUAAAAUGCCUACAAUAUCUGCACCAAAUAUUUCUGUGCCUGAUAUAGAUAUCAACUUGAAAGGGCCAAAGAUUAAAGGAGAUAUGGAUGUUUCUGUUCCAAAGAUAGAGGGUUAUGUCAAAGCACCAAAUAUUGACUUUGAAGGACCAGAUGUUGACAUUAAAAGGCCAGAUGGUAAAGUCAAAGGCCCUGGAAUGAAAAUGCCUACCAUAUCUUCACCAAAAAUUGCAAUGCCCGAUGUUGACUUUAACCUGAAAGGCCCAAAACUAAAGGGUGAUGUGGAUGUCUCAAUGCCUAAGGUGGAGGGUGAUAUGAAGGGUCCGAAGAUAGACAUUAAAAGUCCAGAUGUGAAUGUUGAGGGGCUAAAUGUUGACACUGAAAUAACAGAAGGUGGAUUCAAGAUCCCCAAAAUGAAAAUGCCUAAAUUUGGAAUCAAAGGACCUAAAAUAGAAGGUCCAGAUAUAGAUGUGCAGAUACCACAACGGGGCAUUGACAUCCAUGGCCCAAUGAUUGAGGGUGACAUUAAAGCUCCAAAGCUAGAGGUAAAGGGUCCAGAUGUGAAAAUGGAUGCUCCCGAUGUUAACGUUGAAAGUGCAGAAGGUGGUUUUAAAAUGCCAAAAUUCAAAGUACCUAAAUUUGGAAUGAAAGGACCUAAAGUUGAAAGCCCAGAAUUAGAAGUAAAGCUCCCUAAAGGUAACAUUGACAUUUCUGGUCCAAGUGCAGAAAGUGAUAUCAAAGCACCAAAGGUUGAAGUGCCAGAUAUGGAAAUUGAAGGACCUGAAGGCAAAAUUAAGGGACCCAAAUUUAAAAUGCCUGUAGUAUCUGCACCAAAGAUCUCCAUGCCUGAUAUAGACCUUAACUUGAAAGGUCCGAAGUUAAAGGGAGAUGUUGAUGUUUCAGUUCCAAAGAUAGAGGGUGAUAUCAAAGCACCAAAGGUUGAUAUUGAAGGUCCAGAAGUUGAAAUAGAAGGACCAGAUGGUAAAAUCAAAGGAGCGAAAUUCCAAAUGCCUAAAAUAUCGGCACCAAAGAUCUCCAUGCCUGAUAUAGAUCUCAAUCUGAAAGGGCCAAAGAUUAAAGGAGAUAUGGAUGUUUCUGUCCCAAAGAUAGAGGGUGAUAUCAAAGCACCAAAGGUUGACAUUGAAGGUCCAGAAGUUGAAAUAGAAGGACCAGGUGGCAAAGUCAAAGGACCAACAUUCAAAAUGCCUAAAAUAUCGGCACCAAAGAUCUCCAUGCCUGAUGUAGAUCUCAAUCUGAAAGGGCCAAAGAUUAAAGGAGAUAUGGAUGUUUCUGUCCCAAAGAUAGAGGGUGAUAUCAAAGCACCUAAGGUUGACAUUGAAGGUCCAGAAGUUGAAAUAGAAGGACCAGAUGGCAAAGUCAAAGGACCGACAUUCAAAAUGCCUACAAUAUCAGCACCAAAGAUCUCCAUGCCUGAUAUAGAUCUCAAUCUGAAAGGGCCAAAGGUUAAAGGAGAUGUGGAUAUUUCUGUUCCAAAGAUUGAAAGUGAUAUUAAAACUUCAAAUAUAGAUAUAAAGGGUCCAGAAAUUAAUAUUGAGAAGCCUGAUAUUGACGUUGAAGCAAGUGAAGGUGGAUUUAAACUCCCCAGAUUCAAAAUGCCUAAAUUUGGUAUGAAAGGCCCUAAAACGGAAGUACCAGAUAUCAAUGUUAAAUCACCAAAAGGAGAUAUUAAAGUUUCAGGUCCAAAAGUUGAAGGUGACAUUAAAACACCAAAAGUAGACAUAAGGGACACUGAGAUGAAUAUUGAGGCACCUGAGAUUGACAUAGAAGGAAAUGAAGGUGGAUUCAAAAUGCCAAAACUUCGAAUGCCUAAAUUUGGAAUGAAAGGGCCAAAACUUGAAGGCCCAGAUGUAGAUGUAAAGUUACCUAAAGAGGCUGUUACUAUUCAUGCCCCUAAAAUUGAAGGAGACAUUAAAGCUCCAAAAGUAGAUAUUAAGGGCCCAGAAGUGAAAAUAGAAGGGCCUGGCACCGAUUUUGAAACAACAGAGGGAGGGUUCAAAUUGCCCAAAUUCAAAAUGCCCAAAUUUGGAAUGAAGGGGCCCAAAAUUGAAGGUCCAGAUAUAGACGCAAAACUUCCAAAGGGAGAAAUUGAUGUUUCUGGGCCAAGCAUAGAAGCUGAUAUGAAAGUUCCACAUGUUGAUGUUGAAGGGUCUGAAGGUAAAAUCAAAGGACCCAAGAUCAAAAUGCCUACAGUUUCUGCACCAAAGAUGUCCAUGCCAGAUGUUGAUUUUAACAUUAAAGGUCCAAAGCUAAAAGGAGAUGUGGAUGUUUCUGUUCCAAAGAUAGAGGGUGACAUUAAAGUGCCAAAUGUUGACAUUGAAGGACCAGAAGUUGACAUUGAAGGGCCUGAAGGUAAAGUAAAGGGUCCAAAGUUCAAAAUGCCAACAAUUGGAGCAAAAGGACCUAAAAUUGAGGGCCCUGAUGUAGAUGUAAAAUUACCCAAAGCACACCUGGAUAUGUCUGUCCUGAAAAUGGAAGGUGACAUAAAAGUUCCAGAAGCAGACAUAGAGGGCCCCAAUUUGAACAUUCAAGGACCAGACAUUGAUAUUGAAGGCCCAGAUGGUGGCUUCAGAAUGCCCAAAUUGAAAAUGCCAACGUUUGGAUUUAAAGGGCCUAAAGUAGAAGGUCCAGAAGUAGAUGUCAGCCUACCAAAGGGUGAUAUUAAUAUUUCUGGUCCAAGCAUUGAAGGUGAUAUUAAAGGACCUAAGGCUGCCAUUGGACGGCCUGAAGUUGACAUUGAAGGACCUGAAGGCAAAAUCAAGGGCCCUAGCUUCAAAAUGCCAACAAUCUCUGCACCAAAGAUUUCCAUGCCUGAUAUUGAUCUCAACCUGAAAGGUCCAAAAUUAAAGGGAGACAUGGAUAUUUCUGUUCCAAAGGUAGAAGGAGAUAUUAAAUCAUCAACUGUUGAUAUUGAGUGUCCAGAUAUUGACAUUGAGGGUCCUGAAGGAAAAAUUAAAGGUCCAAAAUUCAAAAUGCCUAAGAUUUCCGGUCCAAACAUCUCUAUGCCCGACAUAGACCUUAACCUGAAAGGACCAAAAUUAAAAGGAGAUGUUUCAGUUCCAAAAAUUGAAGGUGACAUUCAUGCACCAAAAGUAGAUAUUAAAGGACCUGAUAUGAAUAUUGAAGGACCAGAUGUUAACAUUGAAGGACCUGAGGGAGGAUUCAAAAUGCCAAAGUUCAAAAUGCCAAAAUUUGGAAUGAAAGACCCUAAACUUGAAGGCCCCGAUAUAGAUGUAAAAUUACCAAAAGGGAACAUGGAUGUGUCUGGUGUGAAAAUAGAAGGUGACAUUAAAGCUCCUAAAGCAGAAAUAGAGAGCCCCAAUUUGAAUUUUCAAGGGCCAGACAUUGAUAUUGAAGGUCCAGAAGGUGGUUUUAAAAUGCCCAAAAUAAAAAUGCCAAAGUUUGGAUUUAAAGGACCUAAAGUAGAAUGCCCAGAAUUAGACGUAAGCCUACCUAAGGGUGAUAUUGCUAUUUCUGGACCAAACAUAGAAGGUGAUUUGAAAGGACCUAAGGUUGACUUUGAAGGGCCAGAUGUUGACAUUGAAGGACCCGAAGGUAAAAUCAAAGGCCCUAAAUUCAAAAUGCCAAAAUUUUCUGCACCAAAGAUUUCGAUGCCUGAUAUUGAUCUCAAUCUGAAAGGUCCAAAACUAAAGGGUGAUGUGGAUGUUUCAGUUCCCAAGAUAGAGGGAGAUAUCAAAGGACCCAAGGUUGACAUUGAAGGGCCAGAUGUUGACAUUGAAGGACCUGAAGGCAAAAUCAAGGGCCCUAAGUUCCAAAUGCCAUCAAUUUCUGCUCCAAAGAUUUCAAUGCCUGAUAUUGACUUCAACCUGAAAGGCCCCAAAGUAAAGGGUGAUGUGGAUGUGUCAGUUCCAAAGAUAGAGGGAGAUAUCAAAGGACCCAAGGUUGACAUUGAAGGGUCAGAUGUUGACAUUGAAGGACCCGAAGGUAAAAUCAAGGGCCCUAAAUUCAAAAUGCCCAAAAUUUCUGCACCAAAGAUUUCAAUGCCUGAUAUUGAUCUCAAUCUGAAAGGUCCAAAACUAAAGGGUGAUGUGGAUGUUUCAGUUCCAAAGAUAGAGGGAGAUAUCAAAGGACCCAAGGUUGACAUUGAAGGUCCAGAUGUUGACAUUGAAGGACCUGAAGGCAAAAUCAAGGGCCCUAAGUUCCAAAUGCCAUCAAUUUCUGCUCCAAAGAUUUCUAUGCCUGAUAUUGACUUCAACCUGAAAGGCCCCAAAGUAAAGGGUGAUGUGGAUGUGUCAGUUCCAAAGAUAGAGGGAGAUAUCAAAGGACCCAAGGUUGACAUUGAAGGGCCAGAUGUUGACAUUGAAGGACCCGAAGGUAAAAUCAAAGGCCCUAAAUUCAAAAUGCCAAAAUUUUCUGCACCAAAGAUUUCAAUGCCUGAUAUUGAUCUCAACCUGAAAGGUCCAAAACUAAAGGGUGAUGUGGAUGUUUCAGUUCCCAAGAUAGAGGGAGAUAUUGAAGGGCCAGAUGUUGACAUUGACGGACCUGAAGGCAAAAUCAAGGGCCCUAAAUUCCAAAUUCCAUCAAUUUCUGCUCCAAAGAUUUCAAUGCCUGAUAUUGACUUCAACCUGAAAGGCCCCAGAGUAAAGGGUGAUGUGGAUGUGUCAGUUCCAAAGAUAGAGGGAGAUAUCAAAGGACCCAAGGUUGAUAUUGAAGGGCCAGAUGUUAACAUUGAAGGCCCUGAAGGCAAAAUGAAGGGCCCUAAAUUCCAAAUGCCAACAAUUUCUGCACCAAAGAUUUCAAUGCCUGAUAUUGACUUCAACCUGAAAGGCCCCAAAGUAAAGGGUGAUGUGGAUGUGUCAGUUCCAAAGAUAGAGGGAGAUGUUAAAGCACCCAAAGUUGACAUUGAAAGCCCAGAUAUUGACAUUGAAGGACCUGAAGGCAAAAUCAAGGGCCCUAAAUUCAAAAUGCCAAAAUUUUCUGCACCAAAGAUUUCUAUGCCUGAUAUUGAUCUCAACCUGAAAGGUCCAAAUCUAAAGGGUGAUAUGGAUGUUUCAGUUCCCAAGAUAGAGGGAGAUAUUAAAGGACCCAAAGUUGACAUUGAAGGCCCAGAUGUUGACAUUGAAGGCCCUGAAGGCAAAAUCAAGGGCCCUAAAUUCAAAAUGCCAAAAAUUUCUGCACCAAAGAUUUCGAUGCCUGAUAUUGAUCUUAACCUGAAAGGUCCAAAACUAAAGGGUGACGUGGAUGUUUCAGUUCCCAAGAUAGAGGGAGAUAUUAAAGGACCUCAGGUUGACAUUAAAGGGCCAGAUGUUGACAUUGAAGGCCCUGAAGGCAAAAUCAAGGGCCCUAAAUUCCAAAUGCCUUCAAUUUCUGCUCCAAAGAUUUCAAUGCCUGAUUUUGACUUCAACUUGAAAGGCCCCAAAGUAAAGGGUGAUGUGGAUGUGUCAGUUCCAAAGAUAGAGGGAGAUAUUAAAGGACCCAAAGUUGACAUUGAAGGCCCAGAUGUUGACAUUGAAGGCCCUGAAGGCAAAAUCAAGGGCCCUAAAUUCAAAAUGCCCAAAUUUUCUGCACCAAAGAUUUCGAUGCCUGAUAUUGAUCUCAACCUGAAAGCUCCAAAACUAAAGGGUGAUGUGGAUGUUACAGUUCCCAAGAUAGAGGGAGAUAUUAAAGGACCCCAGGUUGACAUUAAAGGGCCAGAUGUUGACAUUGAAGGCCCUGAAGGCAAAAUCAAGGGCCCUAAAUUCCAAAUGCCAUCAAUUUCUGCUCCAAAGAUUUCAAUGCCUGAUUUUGACUUCAACUUGAAAGGCCCCAAAGUAAAGGGUGAUGUGGAUGUGUCAGUUCCAAAGAUAGAGGGAGAUAUUAAAGGACCCAAAGUUGACAUUGAAGGCCCAGAUGUUGACAUUGAAGGCCCUGAAGGCAAAAUCAAGGGCCCUAAAUUCAAAAUGCCCAAAAUUUCUGCACCAAAGAUUUCGAUGCCUGAUAUUGAUCUCAACCUGAAAGGUCCAAAACUAAAGGGUGAUGUGGAUGUUUCAGUUCCCAAGAUAGAGGGAGAUAUCAAAGGACCCAAGGUUGACAUUGAAGGGCCAGAUGUUGACAUUGAAGGACCUGAAGGCAAAAUCAAGGGCCCUAAGUUCCAAAUGCCAUCAAUUUCUGCUCCAAAGAUUUCUAUGCCUAAUAUUGACUUCAACCUGAAAGGCCCCAAAGUAAAGGGUGAUGUGGAUGUGUCAGUUCCAAAGGUAGAGGGAGAUAUCAAAGGACCCAAGGUUGACAUUGAAGGGCCAGAUGUUGACAUUGAAGGACCCGAAGGUAAAAUCAAAGGUCCGAAAUUCAAAAUGCCAAAAUUUUCUGCACCAAAGAUUUCGAUGCCUGAUAUUGAUCUCAAUCUGAAAGGUCCAAAACUAAAGAGUGAUGUGGAUGUUUCAGUUCCCAAGAUAGAGGGAGAUAUCAAAGGACCCAAGGUUGACAUUGAAGGUCCAGAUGUUGACAUUGAAGGACCUGAAGGCAAAAUCAAGGGCCCUAAGUUCCAAAUGCCAUCAAUUUCUGCUCCAAAGAUUUCAAUGCCUGAUAUUGACUUCAACCUGAAAGGCCCCAAAGUAAAGGGUGAUGUGGAUGUGUCAGUUCCAAAGAUAGAGGGAGAUAUCAAAGGACCCAAGGUUGACAUUGAAGGGCCAGAUGUUGACAUUGAAGGACCCGAAGGUAAAAUCAAGGGCCCUAAAUUCAAAAUGCCCAAAAUUUCUGCACCAAAGAUUUCGAUGCCUGAUAUUGAUCUCAAUCUGAAAGGUCCAAAACUAAAGGGUGAUGUGGAUGUUUCAGUUCCCAAGAUAGAGGGAGAUAUCAAAGGACCCAAGGUUGACAUUGAAGGGCCAGAUGUUGACAUUGAGGGACCCGAAGGUAAAAUCAAAGGUCCGAAAUUCAAAAUGCCAAAAUUUUCUGCACCAAAGAUUUCGAUGCCUGAUAUUGAUCUCAACCUGAAAGGUCCAAAACUAAAGGGUGAUGUGGAUGUUUCAGUUCCCAAGAUAGAGGGAGAUAUUAAAGGACCCAAAGUUGACAUUGAAGGGCCAGAUGUUGACAUUGAAGGCCCUGAAGGCAAAAUCAAGGGCCCUAAAUUCCAAAUGCCAUCAAUUUCUGCUCCAAAGAUUUCUAUGCCUGAUAUUGACUUCAACCUGAAAGGCCCCAAAGUAAAGGGUGAUGUGGAUGUGUCAGUUCCAAAGAUAGAGGGAGAUAUCAAAGGACCCAAGGUUGACAUUGAAGGGCCAGAUGUUGACAUUGAAGGACCCGAAGGUAAAAUCAAGGGCCCUAAAUUCAAAAUGCCAAAAAUUUCAGCACCAAAGAUUUCGAUGCCUGAUAUUGAUCUCAACCUGAAAGGUCCAAAACUAAAGGGUGAUGUGGAUGUUUCAGUUCCCAAGAUAGAGGGAGAUAUCAAAGGACCCAAGGUUGACAUUGAAGGGCCAGAUAUUGACAUUGAAGGACCCGAAGGUAAAAUCAAAGGUCCGAAAUUCAAAAUGCCAAAAAUUUCUGCACCAAAGAUUUCGAUGCCUGAUAUUGAUCUCAACCUGAAAGGUCCAAAACUAAAGGGUGACGUGGAUGUUUCAGUUCCCAAGAUAGAGGGAGAUAUUAAAGGACCCAAGGUUGACAUUGAAGGGCCAGAUGUUGACAUUGAAGGACCUGAAGGCAAAAUCAAGGGCCCUAAAUUCCAAAUGCCAUCAAUUUCUGCUCCAAAGAUUUCUAUGCCUGAUAUUGACUUCAACCUGAAAGGCCCGAAAGUAAAGGGUGAUGUGGAUGUGUCAGUUCCAAAGAUAGAGGGAGAUAUCAAAGGACCCAAGGUUGACAUUGAAGGGCCAGAUGUUGACAUUGAAGGACCCGAAGGUAAAAUCAAGGGCCCUAAAUUCAAAAUGCCAAAAAUUUCUGCACCAAAGAUUUCAAUGCCUGAUAUUGAUCUCAACUUGAAAGGUCCAAAACUAAAGGGUGAUGUGGAUGUUUCAGUUCCCAAGAUAGAGGGAGAUAUCAAAGGACCCCAGAUUGACAUUGAAGGGCCAGAUGUUGACAUUGAGGGACCCGAAGGUAAAAUCAAAGGUCCGAAAUUCAAAAUGCCAAAAAUUUCUGCACCAAAGAUUUCGAUGCCUGAUAUUGAUCUCAACCUGAAAGGUCCAAAACUAAAGGGUGACGUGGAUGUUUCAGUUCCCAAGAUAGAGGGAGAUAUUAAAGGACCCAAGGUUGACAUUGAAGGGCCAGAUGUUGACAUUGAGGGACCUGAAGGCAAAAUCAAGGGACCUAAAUUCCAAAUGCCAUCAAUUUCUGCUCCAAAGAUUUCAAUGCCUGAUAUUGACUUCAACCUGAAAGGCCCCAAAGUAAAGGGUGAUGUGGAUGUGUCAGUUCCAAAGAUAGAGGGAGAUUUCAAAGGACCCAAGGUUGACAUUGAAGGGCCAGAUGUUGACAUUGAAGGACCUGAAGGUAAAAUCAAGGGCCCUAAAUUCAAAAUGCCAAAAAUUUCUGCACCAAAGAUUUCGAUGCCCGAUAUUGAUCUCAACUUGAAAGGUCCAAAACUAAAGGGUGAUGUGGAUGUUUCAGUUCCAAAGAUAGAGGGAGAUUUUGAAGGACCGAAGGUUGACAUUGAAGGGCCAGAUGUUGAUAUUGGGGGACCUGAUGGUAAAAUCAAGGGCCCUACAUUCAAAAUGCCAUCAAUUUCUGGUCCAAAGAUUUCAAUGCCUGAUAUUGACCUCAACCUGAAAGGUCCAAAACUGAAAGGUGAUGUGGAUGUUUCAGUUCCCAAGAUAGAGGGAGAUAUUAAAGGACCCAAGAUUGACAUUGAAGGGCCAGAUGUUGACAUUGAAGCACCAGAAGGAGGAUUUAAAAUGCCCAAAUUUAAAAUGCCCAAGUUUGGAAUGAAAGGCCCUAAACUUGAAGGCCCAGAUAUAGAUGUAAAAUUACCAAAAGCAGACUUUUCUAUUCCAAAAAUAGAAGGUGACAUGAAUGUUUCAGGGCCAAAGUUAGAAGGUGAUAUAAAAUCUCCAAAGCUAGAUGUCAAAGGUCCAGAUAUGAGUAUAAGUUCACCAACUUUUGAUGUGAAAGGCCAUGAGGGUGGUUUUAAAAAGCCCAAAUUCAAAAUGCCAAAAUUUGGCUUUAAAGGUUCUAAGGCUGAAAGCCCAGAUAUUGAUGUAAAACUGCCUAAAGGAGAUAUAAAUUUAUCUAGCCCAAAAAUCGAAGGUGACAUAAGGAGCCCAGUGGUUGAUAUUGAAGGGCCUGAUGUGGAAAUUGAGAGCCCAGAUGCUAAAAUUAAAGGUCCAAAGUUCAAGAUGCCCAAGAUAUCAAUGCCUGAUGUGGAAUUUAAUGUGAAGAGCCCAAAGCUAAAAGGAGAAGCCGAUAUUUCAAGUCCCAAGAUUGAGGGUGAUAUAAAAUCUCCAAAACUUGACAUCAAAACACCUGAUCUUGAAGGGCCAGAUAUUGACAUCAAAGGACAUGAGGGAGGUUUCAAAAUGCCCAAAUUUAAAAUGCCAAAAUUUGGAUUUAAAAGCUCUACAAUUGAAGGCCCAAGUGUAGAUGUAAAUCUGCCUAAAGCAAAUGUUGAUGUUACUGGUCCAACAGUUGAAGGUGAUAUCAAAGGGCCUAAAGUGGAGAUGGAAGGGCCAGAUGUUGAUAUUGAAGGACCUGAGGGUAAAAUUAAAGGACCUAAGUUUAAAAUGCCAACAAUAUCUGGACCAAAUAUAUCUAUGCCCAAUAUUGACUUUAAUCUAAAAGGCCCAAAAUUAAAGGGAGACAUGGACAUUUCUGUUCCAACUGUAGAAGGAGAUAUUAAAGGACCAGGUGUCGGCAUUGAAGGUCCAGAGGGUGGAUUUAAAAUGCCAAAAUUAAAGAUGCCAAAGCUUGGAAUCAAGGGUCCGAAUAUUGAAGGUCCAGAUAUAGAUGUGAACCUGCCUAAAGCACAUAUUGACCUGCCUGAUCCAAGUAUACAUGGUGAAAUUGAGGGACCUAACAUUGACAUUGAAGGCCCUGAAGGAAAAAUAAAAGGGCCCAAAUUUAAGAUGCCAACAAUUUCUGCUCCAAAUAUAAAAAUGCCAAGCAUGGAUUUAAAUCUCAAAGGACCUAAACUAGAAGGAGACAUUGACGGACCAGAUGUUGAUAUUGAAGGACCUGAAGGCAAAAUAAAGGGGCCAAAAUUCAAAAUGCCCAAAAUUUCAGGACCUAACAUCUCUAUGCCUGAUAUUGACCUCAAUCUUAAAAGCCCAAAAUUAAAGGGAGAUGUAAAUGUUUCUGUUCCUAAAAUUGAAGGUGACAUUCAUGCUCCAAAAGUAGAUUUUAAAGGACCAGAUAUGAAUAUUGAAGGACCAGGCAUCGAUAUUGAAGGACAUGAAGGAGGAUUUAAAAUGCCUAAAUUCAAAAUGCCCACGUUUGGAAUGAAAGGCCCUAAAGUUGAAGGCCCAGAUGUAGAUAUGAAUUUACCCAAAGCAGAUAUUAAUGUAUCUGGUCCAAAGAUGGAAGGGGGAAUUCAAGGACCUGAUAUUGACAUUGAAGGCCCAGAUGGAAAAAUAAAAGGUCCCAAAUUUAGAAUGCCUACAAUUACUGGCCCAAAUAUAAAAAUGCCCAGCAUGGAUUUCAAUCUUAAAGGGCCCAAGUUUAAAGGAGACAUGGAUGUUACAGGUCCUAAACUUGAAGGAGACAUUGAAGGCCCAGAUGUUGACAUUGAAGGACCUGAGGGUAAAAUAAAGGGGCCUAAGUUCAAAAUGCCCAAAAUUUCAGGACCAAACAUCUCCAUGCCUGAUAUAGAUCUUAAUCUUAAAGGACCAAAACUAAAAGGAGACUUUGAUGUUUCAGCACCUAAGAUUGAAGGUGACCUUCAUGCACCAAAAGUGGAUAUUAAAGGACCUGAUAUGAAUAUUGAAGGACCAGAUGUUAACAUUGAGGGACCUGAAGGUGGAUUCAAAAUGCCCAAAUUAAAAAUACCUAAGUUUGGAGUAAAGGGGCCCAAAUUUGAAGGUCCAGAUAUAGAUGUGAACUUACCUAAAGCAGAUAUUGAUCUAUCUGGUCCAAAGCUAGAAGGUGAAAUUGAGGGACUUGACAUUGAGGGCCCAGAAGGAAAAAUAAAGGGUCCCAAAUUCAAGAUGCCACACAUUUCUGGCCCAAAUAUAAAAAUGCCCCACAUGGAUUUCAAUCUGAAAGGGCCCAAGCUUAAAGGAGAUAUGGAUAUUACAGGACCUAAAAUAGAAGGAGACAUUGAAGGACCUGAUGUUGACAUUGAAGGACCUGAGGGUAAAAUUAAGGGGCCAAAAUUCAAAAUGCCCAAAAUUUCAGGGCCGAACAUCUCUAUGCCUGAUAUAGACCUGAAUCUGAAAGGACCAAAAUUGAAAGGAGAUGUUGAUGUUUCAGUUCCUAAAUUGGAAGGUGACAUUCAUGCACCAAAGGUGGAUAUUAAAGGACCUGGUAUGAAUAUUGAAGGACCAGAUUUUAACAUUGAAGGACCUGAAGGUGGAUUCAAAAUGCCAAAAAUUAAAUUGCCUAAGUUUGGAGUAAAGGGACCUAAAGUUGAAGGUCCAGAUAUUGAUGUGAACUUGCCUGAAGCAGAAAUUGAUCUAUCAGGUCCAAAGAUAGAAGGUGAACUUGAGGGACCUGACAUUGAGUGCCCAGAAGGAAAAAUUAAAGGUCCCAAAUUCAAGAUGCCAACAAUUUCUGGACCAAAUAUAAAAAUGCCCCACUUGGAUUUCAAUCUUAAAGGGCCCAAGCUCAAGGGAGACAUGGAUGUUACUGGUCCUAAGCUUGAAGGGGACAUUGAAAGUCCACAUGUUGACAUUGAAGGACCUGAGGGUAAAAUAAAGGGGCCAAAAUUCAAAAUGCCCAAAAUUUCAGGGCCAAACAUAUCCAUGCCUGACAUAGAUCUUAACCUGAAAGGACCAAAAUUAAAAGGUGAUGUUGAUGUUUCAGUUCCAAAAAUUGAAGGUGACCUUCAUGCACCAAAAGUGGAUAUUAAAGGACCUGAUAUGAAUAUUGAAGGAGCAGAUGUUAACAUUGAAGGACCUGAAGGUGGAUUCAAAAUGCCCAAAUUUAAAUUGCCUAAGUUUGGAGUAAAGGGGCCCAAAUUUGAAGGUCCAGAUAUAGAUGUGAACUUACCUAAAGCAGAUAUUGAUGUCUCUGGUCCAAACAUAGAAGGUGAAAUAGAAGGUCCUGAGAUUGAGGGCCCAGAAGGAAAAAUAAAAGGCCCCAAAUUCAAGAUGCCACAUAUUUCUGGGCCAAAUAUAAAAAUGCCCCACAUGGAUUUCAAUCUGAAAGGGCCCAAGCUUAAGGGAGACAUGGAUGUUACUGGUCCUAAAGUAGAAGGAGGCAUUGAAGGUCCUGAUAUUGACAUUGAAGGACCUGAGGGUAAAAUAAAGGGGCCAAAAUUCAAAAUGCCCAAAAUUUCAGGACCAAACAUAUCCAUGCCUGACAUAGAUCUUAAUCUGAAAGGACCAAAAUUAAAAGGUGAUGUUGAUGUUUCAGUUCCAAAAAUUGAAGGUGACCUUCAUGCACCAAAAGUGGAUAUUAAAGGACCUGAUAUGAAUAUUGAAGGACCAGAUGUUAACAUUGAAGGACCUGAAGGUGGAUUCAAAAUGCCCAAAUUUAAAUUGCCUAAGUUUGGAGUAAAGGGGCCCAAAUUUGAAGGUCCAGAUAUAGAUGUGAACUUACCUAAAGCAGAUAUUGAUGUCUCUGGUCCAAACAUAGAAGGUGAAAUAGAAGGUCCUGAGAUUGAGGGCCCAGAAGGAAAAAUAAAAGGCCCCAAAUUCAAGAUGCCACAUAUUUCUGGCCCAAAUAUAAAAAUGCCCCACAUGGAUUUCAAUCUGAAAGGGCCCAAGCUUAAGGGAGACAUGGAUGUUACUGGUCCUAAAGUAGAAGGAGGCAUUGAAGGUCCUGAUAUUGACAUUGAAGGACCUGAGGGUAAAAUUAAGGGGCCAAAAUUCAAAAUGCCCAAAAUUUCAGGGCCAAACAUAUCCAUGCCUGACAUAGAUUUUAAUCUGAAAGGACCAAAAUUAAAAGGAGAUGUUGAUGUUUCUGUUCCAAAAAUUGAAGGUGACCUUCAUGCACCAAAAGUGGAUAUUAAAGGACCUGAUUUGAAUAUUGAAGGACCAGAUGUUGACAUUGAAGGACCUGAAGGUGGAUUCAAAAUGCCAAAACUGAAAAUACCUAAGUUUGGAGUAAAGGGACCCAAAUUUGAAGGUCCAGAUAUAGAUGUGAACUUACCUAAAGCAGAUAUUGAUGUCUCCAGUCCAAAGAUAGAAGGUGAACUUGAGGGACCUGACAUUGAGUGCCCAGAAGGAAAAAUUAAAGGUCCCAAAUUUAAGAUGCCAAACAUUUCUGGUCCAAAUAUAAAAAUGCCCCACAUGGAUUUCAAUCUUAAAGGCCCCAAGCUUAAGGGAGACAUGGAUGUUACUGGUCCUAAAGUAGAAGGAGGCAUUGAAGGCCCUGAUGUUGACAUUGAAGGACCUGAGGGUAAAAUAAAGGGGCCAAAAUUCAAAAUGCCCAAAAUUUCAGGGCCAAACAUAUCCAUGCCUGACAUAGAUCUUAAUCUGAAAGGACCAAAAUCAAAAGGAGAUAUUGAUGUUUCAGUUCCAAAAAUUGAAGGUGACCUUCAUGCACCAAAAGUGGAUAUUAAAGGACCUGAUAUGAAUAUUGAAGGACCAGAUGUUAACAUUGAAGGACCUGAAGGUGGAUUCAAAAUGCCCAAAUUUAAAAUACCCAAGUUUGGAGUAAAGGGGCCCAAAGUUGAAGGUCCAGAUAUAGAUUUGAGCUUUCCUAAAGCAGAUAUUGAUGUCUCUGGUCCAAAGAUAGAAGGUGAAAUAGAAGGACCUGAGAUUGAGGGCCCAGAAGGAAAAAUGAAAGGUCCCAAAUUCAAGAUGCCACACAUUUCUGGCCCAAAUAUAAAAAUGCCCCACAUGGAUUUCAACCUUAAAGGGCCCAAGCUUAAGGGAGACAUGGAUGUUACUGGUCCUAAAGUAGAAGGAGGCAUUGAAGGCCCUGAUAUAGACAUUGAAGGACCUGAAGGUAAAAUUAAGGGACCAAAAUUCAAAAUGCCCAAAAUUUCAGGCCCGAACAUAUCCAUGCCUGACAUAGACCUUAAUUUGAAAGGACCAAAAUUAAAAGGAGAUGUUGAUGUUUCAGUUCCAAAAAUUGAAGGUGACCUUCAUGCACCAAAAGUGGAUAUUAAAGGACCUGAUAUGAGUAUUGAAGGACCAGAUGUUAACAUUGAAGGACCUGAAGGUGGAUUUAAAAUGCCCAAAUUCAAACUGCCUAAAUUUGGAGCCAAAGGACCUAAAGUAGGAGGUCCAGAUAUUGAUAUGAAUUUGCCUAAAGCAGACAUAGAUGUCUCUGGUCCAAAGAUAGAAGGGGAAAUUGAGGGACCUGAGAUUGAGGGCCCAGAAGGAAAAAUAAAAGGUCCCAAACUCAAGAUGCCAACAAUUUCUGGCCCAAAUAUAAAAAUGCCCAGCAUGGAUUUCAAUCUUAAAGGACCCAAACUUAAAGGAGACAUGGAUGUUACUGGUCCUAAGGUUGAAGGAGGAAUUGAAGGUCCUGAUGUUGACAUUGAGGGACCUGAUGGUAAAUUAAAGGGGCCAAAAUUCAAAAUGCCCAAAAUUUCUGGCCCAAACAUCUCCAUGCCUGAUAUAGACCUGAAUCUGAAAGGACCAAAAUUAAAGGGAGAUGUUGAUAUGUCAGUUCCUAAGGUUGAAGGUGACAUUCAUGCUCCAAAAGUAGACAUUAAAGGACCUAAUGUGAACAUUGAAGGACCAGAUCUUGAUAUUGAAGGACCUGAAGGUGGAUUCAAAAUGCCAAAAUUGAAAAUGCCGAAGUUUGGAAUAAAGGGACCUAAAUUUGAAGGUCCCGAUGUAGAUGUGAACUUACCUAAAGGAGAUAUUGAUAUAUCUGGCCCAAAGAUUGAAGGUGAAAUUGAGGGUCCUCACAUUGACAUUGAGGGCCCAGAAGGAAAAAUUAAAGGUCCCAAAUUCAAGAUGCCAGCAAUUUCUGGCCCAAAUAUAAAAAUGCCUCACAUGGAUUUCAAUCUUAAAGGGCCCAAGCUUAAGGGAGACAUGGAUGUCACAGGCCCCAAAGUAGAAGGAGACAUUGAAGGCCCAGAUGUUGACAUUGAAGGACCCGAGGGUAAAAUAAAGGGGCCGAAAUUCAAAAUGCCUAAAAUUUCAGGACCAAAUAUCUCUAUGCCUGAUAUAGAUCUUAAUUUUAAAGGACCAAAACUAAAGGGAGAUAUAAAUGCUUCAGCUCCUAAGAUUGAAGGUGAUAUUCAAGCUCCAAAAGUAGACAUUAAGGGACCUGAUUUGAAUAUCGAAGGACCAGAUGUUGAUAUUGAAGGACCCGAAGGCGGAUUCAAGAAGCCAAAAUUUAAAAUGCCAAAGUUUGGAAUAAAGGGACCUAAAUUUGAAGGUCCCGAUGUAGAUGUGAACUUACCUAAAGGAGAUAUUGCCAUAGCUGGGCCAGCAAUUGAAGGUGAUAUUAAAGGGCUUGAUGUUGAUAUAGAAGGACCUGAGGGGAAAAUCAAAGGACCGAAAUUAAAAAUGCCUACAAUAACAGGACCGAAGAUAUCAAUGCCUGAUAUUGACCUUAACCUGAAAGGUCCAAAGCUAAAAGGAGAUGUUGAUAUUGACUCUCCAGAUAUUAACAGUGAAGGUUUGGAUUUGCAUCUCCCAAAACUGAAGCUCCCUAAAUUUGGCAUAUCUGGGCCAUCUGUGGAAGGACCUGAAUUUGAUGCAAGUGUGCCUUCAGCAGACCUCAAACUUUCUGGUCCCAAAGUUGAAGGUGACCUGAAGGUUAAAAGUCCUAAUGUAGAUCUUAAGGGACCAAGUGCCGAUGUAAAUUUCAGUGCUCCUGAUGUUAAUAUUGAAGGUCCAGAUAUUAAAAUGCCAAAGGUAAAAAAGCCAAAAUUUGGAUUUGGCUUCAAAGGUCCUAAGGCGGACAUGAAAUCUCGCUCUGCUGAAAUACCAACGGCUGAAGCUGACAUCAGUGUUGACAGCCCUGAUCUUGAUGUUGACAUUAAAGGGAAGAAAGGAAAAUUUAAGAUGCCAAAAAUGAAGACCAAAGUCAAAAAGCCUGAUGCUAGUAUUGAUUUAAAAUCACCUGAUGCCGACAUCACUUUUGACACCCCGGAUGUUCAUUUAAAACCUACAAAAGGAAAGAAGGCUUUUUUUGGCAAAAUCAAUUUUCCUGAUGUUGAAUUUGACAUAAAAUCACCAAAAGUAAAAGGUGAUGCAUAUAUUUCAGGGCCCAAAAUUGAAGGGGACAUAAAAACACCUGACAUUGAAUUGCCAUCAGCAAGUAUUAAAACUGACAUACACACACCAGAUAUUGAGGGUCCUAAUGUCAAAGGCAAAGGUCCCAAGUUAAAAAUGGGUGAUUUUGAUAUUAACCUGAAAGGACCUAAAGUAAAGGGAGAUAUGUCUGCACCAAAACUUGAAGGAGACAUCACAGCGCCAGGUCUUGAUUUGAAAAUGGAUGCUCCCGAUGUCAGUUUUAAGGGUCCAAAACUAGAAACAGGAUGUGAUAUUAAGCUGAAAGGUCCAAAAAUAGACAUUGAGACUCCAAAAUUGUCUGGAGAGUUAGGAGAGCCUAGUAUUGAAGUUAAAGGAGCAGAUUUUGAUAUUGAUGGCAAGAUAAAAGGUCCUAAAAUCAAGCUGCCAAAGGCAGACAUUAAAGCGCCGAAGAUAUCGCUUCCAGAUUUAGAUAUUAACCUUAAGGGGCCCAAAGUCAAAGGAGAUCUUAAUAUGUCUGGGGAUGCUCAGAUUCCAAAUUUACAGACUGACACAGGCCUUGAUGUUUCUGGAAACAUGAAAGGACCAAAGAUUGAUAUUGAGGGCCCCAACAUGAACAUUGCAGGUCCAGAAGGAAAAAUCAAAGGCCCUAAGGUUAAAAUGCCAACAUUAGAUAUAAAUGUUCCAAAAAUAUCUGGCCCAGAUUUGGAUCUUAACCUCAAAGGCCCCAAAGUCAAAGGAGACCUUGACGGUUCAGGGGAAGUUAAAGCUCCAAAAGUAGAGGUCCACAAGCCUGACAUAGAUGUUGAAGGUCCUGAUGGAAAAUUUACUGGUCCUAAUAUUAAACUGCCUUCAUUUGGAAUCAAGGGUUUUGGUGGUUCUAAACUGGAAGGCCCAGAACUUGACUUGAAUGUAAAAAGUCCAAAAGGAACCUUAUCUGGUCCACAGGUUCAAAGUGCUGUGACUGUUCCAGAGGGAAAUGUAAGUGUCAGUGCACCUGAUCUCAAGAUUGAAUCUGAUGCCGAAUUGAAAGGUGGCAAAUUUAAAAUGCCAUCAUUUGGUAUUUCACUGACUAAACCUGAUUCUGACAUAAAGUUGAAAAGUCCGAAAGUAAAAGGAGACUUUGAUAUUUCGGGUGAUGUAAAGACGAAAAACCUUGGAGCAGAAAUAAAAGGUCCCUCUGUAAAUAUUUCUGCUCCCCAAUUGUCUGGUCCUGAACUUGAGGUAUCUGGUGGUGUUAAAGGAGGUUUUGGAAUGGAACAACCUCACUUGUCAGGUCCAAAAGUUGGUCUAUCAGGCCCUAGCAUUGAAGGGGGGUUCAAAGGGCAGAAAGUUGAUAUAAGUGUUCCAGGUGUAGAUGUAGAUGUUGGUGGGUUUGAUCUUGCUAUUCCAAAAUUGAAGCUGCCCAUGUUUACAGCAGGAGGACAAGAAAAGGCAGUUGAUGUAGGUUCUGCAGAGAUGCAGAUGGGCAUAGAAGCAGGUCAGAAGAAAAAAACUGAAUUGAAAGGUGAGGGCAUGGCAGGUAUAGAUAUUAAAGGCACCAAAGUGAGUGGGCAACUUCCUGUAAUUGAGGUCAAAGGAGCUGAAGUCAAGAGUGGAGGAAAGUCAAAAAUGAAAAUGCCAAAGUUCUUUCAAAAAUCGAAGGCCAAGGGCAGUGCACCUGAUAUUAGCACAGAUGGUGCAGAACUGGAUAUAUCAGGUGGAGGGAGUGGUGCAAAAGGCUUGAAAGGUAGCUCAGGUUCUGUUGAAAUGAAAGGCUCUAAACUGUCAAUGGGUCUAGAAGGAGAGGUGGGCGGCCCAAUUUCACCUAAGUCAAAAUCUGCCUCAUUAGAUUUAUUCAAAAAACACAGACAUCGAUCAUCCUCACUUAGUGAUGAUCCCGACUUAGCUAGUCCGUCCUCCCCCACAGGUCACCUUGAAGCUGAGGCAGGGGGGCUAGUCAUGGAAGGAGGUAAAGUGAAAGGAAAGAAAAGCAAGCUUAAAUUUGGCACCUUUGGAGGUUUUGGCUCUAAAUCCAAGGGAUCCUACGAAGUGACAUUUAGUGACGAGGAGUCGGGGAAAGCGCAAGGUAGUGGAGUUUCACUGUCCUCUAAAAAGUCUCGUGUCUCAUCAACAUCAAGUAGUGACAGUGGAACAAAGGCAAGCUUGAAACUCCCUAAAGUAGAAUUAGCAGUAUCGCCAAAGAAAGAAUAAAAUUUGUAAAUAUGAUAUAUGCUUUUUUGUUUUUCUCAGAGUUUGUACAUAAAUAAACUUUUAUUGAGCAUAGUUCUUUUACUCUCUAGAGGCUCACACAUGCAAUACAAUAGCAUGAAAUCAAAGAUUUGCUGUGAUCUGGAAAGAAUCAGAAAAUGAGUGGUUGGUUGUGUUUAUAAAAGGAGAACUAUUUUUGUAUGGAUAAUGUAAUCACAUUUCAAACUAAUAGUAACAGCAAUUAAAGUCUGCAGAUAAUUCUUUAAGUUUGCAUUAACAAGCUUAGAGCAAUAGUUUUUUAUUCUUACUGAUUGUUUUCAGUAUUGGUAAAGGAGGGCUUUAGGCACAUGUAAUCCUUAGGCGACCUUCCUUAGUGUUUAUUCAGUUUAGAGCUUAAUUUUUAUUGGGGCUGUUUUUUUUUUUUUUUUUUUUUCUGUUGUAAUAAUGCUUAGAUUUUCUAAAAAAAAAAAAAAAAAAAGGAAACCAUGUCUGCUGUGUAAACUUAGUACAUCUGUGGUACACGUGCUUGAAGACUGCAGUCUAAACUGGAUUUCAGUCAAACCCUGGAAAAACAGAUCAUUCAAAAUUUCAUAUUAAAGCUCUUUUUAAUGUAAAAAUGAAUGUAGAUAGAUACCAUUUGAUUUUUUUUUUAAUUUUUAACUGAGACUUCACUAGAGUGCUGUACCUCAGAUGUGUUAAUAAUUUCGGUCAUUGGCCAAUGUAUUAUAUAAUUCACUUCUUUGUAAAACAAGUAAGCCUUUCUUUUUUCAAAGUCUUGUUGCUAGAAACGUCCAAUUACCUUUUUGUCUCUUCUGCACUUUAAUAGAGAAAUGUGGUAAUGUAAAGAGUGGCCUUUUAAAUAAAUAAAAACAAAUAAACUGUUUAAUUAACCUA